UAAAUAGAAUGUUUCGCAUAAACUUUGUUUUCUGCACGACUUACUUGCGUAUUGGACUGGCCACGCGAUAUUCCCAUGAGUUGAAUAAUUUGGUGCGUUUAGUUCGUCACGUUCAAGUCCAUCUCAUUGUGCCAAAGUCAGCCAACGCAGGCAGGCAGAUGAAUGCAACGCCUUGGCUGUGGUCGGCACAUACUCUCCACACACAACGAGAAAGAGGGCGAGGAACAGAACAGGGUGGGAGGGUUUGCUAGACGGGGAGCGACAGCGAGAGAAAGAGAAAGCCAAGCGUAGCACAAGGCAGGCUGCUAGCUGAACAGGGCAGCAUGGCGGUGGUACGGGAGUUCCAACAAGGCAGCCGCUGUCACAGAAAAACGUGGAUUAAUAUUAUACUCGGAAUUCUACCGCUACUUUUGCCCUGCGUACAGCAUGGAGGGGCUCAAUUGCAAGCCCUGAGUCAAAUGUCCAGCGUGGUCGAGGUCUGGCAAGCUGAGGAUGCUGACCCAGUAGUCCCAACUCAGGUGGAAGAGCGCAGCAAAGACAGUCUUCCACUGGAAGAGAGCUCCUCAUUCUACGUGCCGGAGAAUGGAAGGCCGCUGCGCUUCCAGCCGCCAUCACUGGAGUUUGGGACACAGCCACUGGGGCUGCCAAGAGCUGAAACCAUAUACAUACACAACCCCAGCCAGGAACUCCCAGUGACACUGCUGUCAAUGUUUACAUCCAGCAGACAUUUUCAUAUGCCUUCGUUCUACAGAAGGGUAAUCCCACCCAGAGGGAAGGCCUCCUUUAAACUAGUCUUCCUCCCUACAGAGGAGGGAAACGUAGAAAACUCAUUAUUUAUAAACACAUCGGCCCACGGGGUGCUCUCUUACCAGGUUUUUGGUUUGGGCGUCCACCGUGGCUCUUUAAAGGGGGUCAAUAAGAAGGACAGUGUCCUCAUAUUCCCCCACAUCCAGAGCAUCAAGCUAAGCCAAACUCAGGAAGAUUCUUCCAACAUCACUAUCCUGGGGCUACUGCUAGAGUGCAGUUUACCCAAGAGCAUGUACAGCCAGCCGCAGGGGUCCUGCUUCCAGAGCAUUGAGGACCAUGCGGCCGGGGUGGAGCAGCGACUCAACCUCCAGAUCAGGCUGUCAGAACGCACAGAACGCCCAGCUGACCUGGACAAGCUCAAGCCCUACAUCAUCGAGCACAUCCUGGUCCUGUUGGUCGCCCCAGCGACGAGCCGCGGCUCCGCCAACGGGGAGCCAAAAAUAGGAAUUUAUAUGUUGAAUUCAGGAGGAAAGAAACUUUAUGUUAAGGAAAUACAGUUAUCCAAAGUGGACAGCACUCUGGAGUUCAGCCCAGUCCUGCUGAGAGCAUCAGCGACAAACUUCACAGAAGUGGCUACACUAGCCUGCAGAGCAGGGUCUCUGCUAGGUCAGGGUAGAAGAUGCUCCAGUCAUAUUAGCCUACAGGUCCUGGGGAAUCACACAGUGAACACUUUCCCUGGCUUCCACAUCACACACAGGGGGUUGGAGCUGUCUAGUCUCUUCCAGGUGAGACAGAGGCAGAGGGGGGCAGACCACGUGGACCUGUGGCUGACCAACACCCUCCACUUCCCCCUCGCAGUCCAGGACGCCACCCUCUCCCCGGAGUCCCAGGGCUUACUCAAGGUGGUCAACUUCAGCGCGGCGGUGUCAGUGCCCCAGGGUGGCUGCUGGCGGCUCCUCUCCCUGCAGCUCCUCAACAGGAGCCUGCCCCUAAACCUGCUAUCCACCCUCUCCCUGACCACUGGCUUGGGUCUGGCCCUGAAACUACCCCUCCACUUUCACUCCACCCUGGCCAAGCAGGGUAAUGUUGUGUUUGAAGCGGAGGGUGAGUGUGGCCGACUAUGUCCUCUCAGACUGUCAGAAGCAGGUCGUGUCCAGUGGCAGCGCUCUCUCCUCCCAGACUCCUCCUCCUGGAUGCUGGACAGCAGACUAGCCUCGGAGCUCUGCGCUCGCUGGCAGAUCCGCAAAGACCAGCUGCCCUGCAGGUGGCCAAGACUACCAGCGGAGACCUCGUCCCCUCUAGACUUUGGUGCUGUCCCUGUCAAUGAAAGCAAGGUUAAGCUGCUGACUCUGAAGAACCCCUCCUCCUCUGUGGUGUGUGUGGAGAUCAGAGCCCUCUCCCUGUACCCGGCCCCCUUGGAAGCCCUUGACCUCCUCACCAAAUGGUUCAAUAUCAGCCCCCUCUCUGUCAACAUCAGCACUACAGAGUUCACUCUGCUGCAUGCAGAGCACAAGGGCGGGGAGAGUGUGCGGGGAGAGGGAGUGCUGCGUCUCCUCCUCCAGCCGUGGGAGAGCAGGGAGGUGGCCGUGGUGUUCACCCCCUCCGAACACAAACCCACCACCACCAUCCUACUCAUCAGGAACAAUCUGACAGUGUUUGACAUGGUGAUGGUGCGGGGUCAUGGGUCCAAGGAGCUGCUGAGGGUGGGGGGCAAGCUGCCGGGACCCGGAGCCUCAUUACGCUUUAAUGUCCCUCAGUCCACCCUCAUGGAGUGCCGAGACGGCCUGCGCACCAACAAGCCUCUGUUUGCCAUCUGGAAGAGCUUCAAGGUGGAGAACGCCGGGGAGCUACCCCUUACGGUCACGUCCAUGAACAUCAACGGCUACAAGUGCCAGGGCUUCGGCUUCGAGGUGCUGCAGUGCAGGUCCUUCAGCCUGGACCACAACUCCUCCUCCGAGAUCACCAUUGCGUUCACUCCAGACUUCACGUCGUCCUGGGUGAUCCGGGACCUGACCCUGGUGACGUCGCGCGGCUCAUCGUUCCCCUUCACCCUCAACGUGACGCUGCCCCACCACAUGCUGCCCCUCUGUGCCCAAGUAGUGCCCGGCCCCAGCUGGGAGGAGACAUUCUGGGUGGUCACCCUCAUCUUCACCUGCUUCUCCCUGGCAGGUGUUUGUCUGAUGGCUUUCCACCAGGCCCAGUACAUCCUGACUCAGUUCUCCAGCCCCACCCCCCGGAGCAUCCACAACUCUGCCCUGUCCCGGGACAAUGGCCCCGUCAACAACAUCACUCCCCAACGGAGUCAAUAAAAUGAAGGGCAGCUGCAAGACGUACGUGGACACCUGCCACAACUCUGACAAAGGAAAGGGGCGUGGCUCCCCGGCGGUGGCCAACGGCUCCACCCCCCGGGCCCAGCCAUUCUCCAACUCCUCCUCCAAGAAGGGUGCCUCCACCACCCCCUCCCAGCCGCAGAAGAAACACAAGGUGUCCGUUUACUACGGCAAGUACAAAACCAGCUCCUACGCCACAGCGGCGACGGCCGCCACGGCGACCGAGGAAGAGCGGGAGCUAGACUU